AUGCAGAAGAUCGUGCAGAAGGACAAUUUGAAGUCUGGACUCGAUGGAGACCCCGGAAAACCAUGCGAGAAGAACCACCGAAGCAUUGCCAGGUUCGAGUCCCCUGACGAUCAAGACUACAUAUCCAUUCUACACAAAUUACGCGAAUGGAUGCUCAAGGACAAUCCCGUGCAAUACGAUCUAGCCCAUUUACCAACCUCUCCGACUCUGUCGGCACCAGCACCGACACAGCGUCCCAAUUAUUUUGAGGUUGAAGCGCCAACUCCCAUGUUCACCGGCAGAUCUCAUGAGCUGGAGCGUCUCAAGAAACAGCUACCGCUACCCGCCCAUGGUGAGUCGACUGGCAUGUAUGGCCCAGGUACGAUUGGAAAAACGCACCUAGCUCUCAAAUUCGCAGAGAUGAGACAGAACGACUACCGAACCGUUGCCUUGUUCGAUGGGACUUCCGAGGCCGUCCUUCGAGCUGGUAUGGAUCGGUUUUUCGAUAUGCUUGUGAGGCGCCAUGACGAGCAUCUUCACGACACUGCCGGAGACCCAAGAGACGUAUCAGACCGGCCAAAGGCUGUUACAGAGUGGUUUGAAAGCGAAGUCGACUGGCUUCUUAUCAUUGACAACCUCGACCUACAUGAAGAAAACCCAGUCCCAAUCAAAAAGUACCUUCCUCGGCGAUCACGCGGCCAUCAGCUCCUGAUAAGUCGGAACAGUGAUGUUACAUAUCAUGCAAAGUUUCAACAUCAAGUCGGCCCGGUCAGUGAGGGCGACGCUUUCGAUAUGCUCGUGAAGAUUAGCAGGCUAUCAGAAACGGUCCUGACUGAAGACCGCGAAUCGAUCAACCGCAUUCUGGACGAAGUGCGCGGUAUUCCCGGCGCCAUCGAGAUGGCAGCCAAGUACAUCAAGGGUCACUGCGACCGUCCUAGCGCCUUAGUACCGCAGUUGUUGGACACGUCAGAAUCGUUGCGCACCUGGAGCACACGUAACGAGCGAGGUAAGGCAUUCGCCAUCUGGCACCUAGCCUAUGACAAGCUGGAAGAAGGUCCCCAGCAACCACUCUUUCUUCUCCAAUUUCUAGCUAUGUUGAAUGGUUCACAAAUUCCCCGAGUACUCUUCAACCGAAUAGCCCAUCCCGUGCCCCGGUGGGCGCCAUCCGGAGAAGUUGCCAACUUAAUGCCACAAGAAAGUCUUGCGUCUUCUCCUCAACUGUCUGAACUACUGCUUGACAAGGAGACCUUCGAGGAGGCGUUGACGAAGCUAAAGAACUCAGGAUUCCUCUCCGUCGACUUUGAGUCUGCUUCUUGCCAUAUUCAGAUCCAUACACAUGCUCAGAUGAUCGUUCAAGAUCGGAUGGGCCAAGACCAGCGCCUGCUUAUGCUGAAGCUCGCCAUCUGCGUCCUCAGCCAUGCGUUUCCCGAAGACCCGACCAUCGACAACGACUAUCAAACCCUUCGAUCGAGCCUGACAUUGCAGGUUCUACAUUGUGUCAAGGAGGCGAAGAAACACGACACGAAUGACCUUUCCGAGGUGUUGUCGAAGCUCAUCACUAUGCUCCUUUCUGCGCUUGAGAGAUCGGGCAAUGAGCAAUUUCUUCUCGAGGACGCCGAGCGCUUUAUUGAGCAUCAAGACGAUGGCUACUAUCGUUGCUUGGCUUCCAGGUGGCGAGCAUACAUGCACCAUAGGUUGGGCGAGGAGCGCUUGAUGCAACAAACUUUAAGUCACAGGCAGAACUACGAACAGCGAACGGAGCGCAGCGAACAAGUUGUCAGCUCGCGUGCCCAUGCAGCACUUGGCAACAUCAUCAUGCAUCGAGCCCAGUUUCUCACCAAAGCCGGCUUGUAUGAGGAUUGCGAAAACGCCCUUGGCUCCUGGGUUCAGCGGAGUGGUUCCAUGAUGGAGAAUCAUACAAUGAGCGAGCUCAAGACCGCAAGUGCGGUCAAUCUCUACGCACAGGGAGACCAGGCGGAAGCCAUCAGACUCCUGUCGGAAGUGGUCUACCCCUUCAUGCAAAGCCAAGGCCAGUUUGGCGGACGAUUGCCUCAACGCAACGUGUCGCAACGAGCAUUUAAUUGGGCGGCCAUAUCUCUAUGCCAGAUCCAUUGUCGUCAAGGCACGGAAGAUCAGCUUCGUGAGGUCAUGGACAUCAUAACACCACUUCUGGCCGUUCUGAUGCCGACGGACGAACGCUUCGGAUUCGCGGCUUGCGACUAUCGCAUCUUGGAAUGCGAGGUUCUUCUCCGAGGCAAACACUGGGAAGACUUCCAAGCCAAGGCUAAUAUCCUCAUGGAGGACCUGACGCAGCCGCCCAUCUACGCCGGCCACAACCCGCGGAGAGAGGACCAUCAGCGCCAAGUCAAACACAUGCUAGCUCGCUAUUUCCACAUGCGCGGCGAAUGGUCGUACGCCGUCGAGGCUUGGACCGCCGCGCUUGCGAGCGAAAACGUCGAUCGUGCCAAAAUCGAAUCCAACGCCUUCAAGGAUGACUACAAGGUUUGCAUCUGUGUCUUAUCACUCGCGGUGUGCCUAAGCCACAGCAAACAACCACAGGCAGUCAAAACAGCCAGAGUAUACUUUGAGGUGCUGGAGAAGCACGUGAAUGGCUUGAAGCAUCCGGCGGCCGAGCCUGAUGCCACGAGAUGGCUUGAAUACCUUUAUACGGACGCGAAGCUGCCGUCGAAAUUCCAGAAGAAAGUGCUGGGGAAAGCCCUGGCUGGGGGAGCCCGUUAA